CCGCUCAGUCGCUAGAGAGCGCUCCGCACGUGCGUUACGUUUGUUCGCGCUCUCCGGAGUCAUUUUGUCUGUCCGCCCCACUCCAAAAAUCCCACCGCCAAGCAACUGCGCAGUCCCCAUUGAUCAUUUAUUUCAAAUAUCAUUGAGCGGUCGAAGCGGUUGAGAAUAAAUUCAGCAUUUUUUUUUUUCACGAUCAUUAUCCGGUGCUUGGAGAAGCGUUUUAACCGGUGUGUGCGGAUAACUCAGUGGUGAUUUUCCCCGCAUAAUAAGUGAUUUUUUUAUUUUCGGCGGGAAGAUUUUUGUGGAGUUCCACGAGGAUAAUUUUGACGAGUGGCGUCACUUGUGAGUGGAUAAAUCACGUGCCUUCGGAGAUAGCGGGAGGCCUGUGCAAUAGCUGAGAGCGGAGAAAAUUAUAAAUAAAAUAAUUUUCAAUCAAUGAGUUGACGGAAUUUACAGUGCUUUUGUCGCUCGACUACUGGAGAUUAUUCACGAGUGAUAGGGAUUUUUUUUUUUUGAUGAGCAACUCCCGCUCCCAGCGUCUACCAUUCGAAUACCACGUAACCAACUCAUUCCACCUCUAGCACGCAAGUGCGUGCGACGUUGCCAGUUCGCGUUGCAGUGAAAGCCCCGCGGUUUUACGAACACGGGAUAGAGGAUCCGAGAAGACGGCUCGUUAUUACGGUGUUGCCAGGAGAAAAAAAAGGAUAGAAAUAAGUGAGACGGAGAAAAGACGAGAGUGGGAGGAGCUGAUACGAUUGUAUUUGAGUGGAAGUGAGAGGAUAAUUGUUGAGUAGACUUUUGACCCAGUGAUACACGGACUUAAUUACUCCCCCGGUCGUCACUAAAAAUCCCAUUUUCCUGACCAAUAAAGGGCUGGUGGAAAAAUCAACGGAAACUCCGGCCGAGAGGUUAGACUUUCCGGCCGCUGUGACGUUCCUCGCGGAAAAAGAGUGCGCGGUUGCCAAGGCAGUGAUUGGGACGAAAAAAAAAAAAUUGUUUGAGGCUAGAAACUAAUAGACGCAAAGUCUCAGGACUUGAUUGCAGCUUAGAGACCAAUGAAGCUGAGGACAGUGACGCGAAUGAUAGUCGUAGUGCUUUAGUAAACGGAUAAACAUAUUUGAGAAUCGGGCGGGCGGUUUUGGGGGCCGCGUUAAUUAUUGAAAAUAUGAGCGCAAGAGUGAUGAAUCCCGCGAUGAUGAGUGAGAUGGGAAGAAAUUUAGGAGGUGGUAAAAGGGCAGCACCUAAUCGCGAAGCACUCGCAAGAGUCCGACGGGAUUUGUUUGGACCGGUUGAUCAUGCAGCAGCGCGGGCGCUGGUUGAUAGAGAAUUGAAGGCCCAAUCGGUCAUCGAUGCCAAGAGAUGGGGAUUUGAUUUUCGGUUGGAGAUGCCCACCGGCAAUUCAAAGUACGACUGGGAGAUCAUUGAGCCCGGAAUGGGGGUGCAGGAGACGUAUGCGUUGAGGGGGAUGCCUUAUCUGGGAAAACAGUCACCCAGAUCGCCGAGGAAGGCCAGCCCUGGAUGGAAGAGACGGGCGAGUGUGUCUCCUAUGGUUACUGAUGGACAGGCCCUGGGAAAGACCGAGACGACACCCCCGCAGGUGGCAAGGGUGCCGGGAAUUGGAGAGGGACCUAGCGAGGACGACAUCGCCAGGGAAAACUCGAGGAAGGAGAGGGUCGUUGUCGAACCCACCACUCCUGUGAUAACCGUCGCUGCGAGGAAACAGAGCAGUAUCACAGACUUCAUGAAAAGUCGCAAACGUACGCUCAUCGGCACCAAGAAGAUCAUGGUAGAACCCCCGGAGAAGAUUGCCCGCAACGCGGGCCAAAUACGCAGCUAAACCCAUCAUCACAUAUCAUUUUAUACAUCUCCCCAAUUUUACUCACCGUCAUUCAUACCGGCCUCAAAAAUUAUUUUCCCUAAUUUUAAAAUUAAAUUGAUUAGUUCCUUUUCUAUUCGUGAAUUCUAUCCUUUUAUUUUCUUUCACGAUAGACUGAGGAAAUAAACUGUUGUUCGGGUGGUGCAUCAUAGUGUGUCCAGCAAUAUCGAAUAUUAGUGGAUUAAUAUGACGCAAGUUCACCGAGUCCUUUGGCUGUGCCAUUCUCUUCACGUAGAGUUAUCCGCUUUUUUUUUUCUGUUCAUAUGCGUAUAGGGAUUAUCUCGUGACUCAUUUGGCGCAAACUAGUGGUACAGGCGUGAGAAUAUUCUCAGUUGUAAUUAAUUCGCGCGUGGGGGGGAGGGAAGGGGAGGGGGGUGUAUUUUGAUCCAUUAGUCUCGGUCUAUCAUCAUAAUCAUUGGCCCGAUGAUGAGUUCUUAAUGAAAUUAAGAAUAAAUCGGCGAAUCUAUUGCGAGCAAAGGAAGUCAAUAAAUGAAGUAAAUCAUUAGGAUUCGUAAUCGCUCCCAAGUCCAGGACUUGUGAGACGUUAGAAAAAAAUAUAUGACAUUUGUCAAAAUUUAUUGUAAUAUAUUUACAUAUAUUUUUUUUUAUUCAUUAACAUCGAUGUGCGCAUUUUGGAAUAUAUAAAUGAUUUAAAAACGAAAUAGACGCUCAGCGUGGAAGCGCACACGCCAGUUUAGAUAAGACUAGUUGUAAUUUAGAAUUAAGAAAAGAGUAUAUGUAUUUUCUAGGGGUGUCUGUCGGUAUCUUGAGGUGAUUGUCGGUUUAUUUCGGGAUUGGCGAAGUCGAUUAUCUAUUAUUUAUGCUUCUGUCGUUUUUCUCGGUUCGAUUGCGAUGUUUGGACGAUGUUUUGAUGAAAUUAUCCUUGAAAUUUCGUCCAAAUAUAUUUGUUUAGUACCCAUAGAAAUAAAUAUCUCGGAAUUUUUUGAUUUCGGAGAUAAACGGAGAAUAGUGACUAGUUCUAGUAUACAAUGUCACUAUUAUCGGUGGUACCUCCUCCGCGAAUAUUCACUUGAAUAAAAAAUUCUUAGCAAUUGGAGAUAAUUUUAUUUCUAUUGACAUUAGGGCUGGAUUGGGAAUUUCGCCCGGUUUCUGUUGCGGUUGUCUUCGAAAAUGUGUCAAGAGUUUUUUUGUAGAGAAUUUAAUGACCUACAAAAAAGAUCUUCACGUUUUUUUAUGCAAACUCGGUGGUUCCGGAGAUAUUGACGAAUUGAGUCGGUAGAUAUUUUCGAUCUUUAGUUAUUAUCACUUUGGGUACUGACUGAAUCGAGAAAAACGGCGAUAAUCAACAUAAUUUCUUUGGAAAGGAGACGGUUGGAGUGUUUGAGACGAGCCUAUUAAAGCCACGUUCUCAAACUUGCGGAUUAACCUUUCUUCGGCCCCAAUUUUCUGAAGAAUAUUUUUUAGAAACCAAUUUCGUACUAAAGAGUUAAGGCAUUUUUCUCACCCGGAAAAAAAUGGAAUUAAUUAUAAAUUUUUACAUGUUUAUCAUAGUUGUCAGAUAAUGUCGGUAUUAAAAAAAUCAAAAGUUUAUACGUGGAUUAUUAACAAUGAAAAUGAAAAAUCCACCGCAUUUGUACGUUUGGUAACUGUAAUCUGACAUUUAUGAUAAACAUUCUGCGCGAAUUCCCGAUGAAAGUCAUCAUUUGACACGGAAAAUAAAAUAUCUUAAUGAAAAAAGUCAAUCACGAAAACCGACUGAUUCUCGAGGCCUUCACAAGUUGGCCCCAAAAACCCUAGCCUUAUUCUACGUUACCCAAGAAUUUAAGCAUUGAUCUCCUGUACGAACCUACAAAAGUACAGCCGAUGCCAAAUCACCGCCCUUUUUGCUUCAUCAAGUAACUUUUCUCCCUCUUUAUUUCUGUUGUGAGACCAAUCAAGUUUAUUUCCUUCCCUCACAGAAAAAAAAAUCCAAAAUAGAAGAUACUUUAGCCGAUAGUGUAAAUGUUCUGAUGAUUUAUUAUAAAAAAAUUUAUUCGAUUGAAUGAACACCGGAAGUGUGAGAAUAAAGAAAUUUACAUUGAUAACAGGAGAGAGUUAAUUUUGGCCAGUCUUGCCUCUCUUUAAUCAUUCAUCCUUGGUCCUCAGAGUGACAAAAUAAAUACUAAUCGUGUUGUUUUUUUCAACAGUACAUUGAGAAAAAAAUCUAAGAAAUAGAAAUUCCAUGAUUGAUACGAAUCAAUGACAGGAUUUUUAUUUGUCAGAAUUUCUCUUCCAUCCUUUCCUUCUCUCCCCCCCCCCUCCCCCUUGUUCCAAUUUUGCGAUCUUAUCACUACUAUCAUAUCGUUCCGUCUCCCAUGUUUUUUUUCUACUUCGUUUCGAGAUUAUAGUCAAAAAAUACGACUAGUGGUUACAAACUAUUUCUUCGAUUUUAAAUUUAAAAAACGUACAAAAAAAGUGAGGGAGAAUUAUUUGGAUUGAAUUCUGUAAUUAUCAUUGAUGAGUUGUUUUACGUGAAGAGUAGUCAAUGCGUUCCUCCAAUCAUGUUGGAUUACCUAAAUUUGUAAAAUUCGAAAUUGCGCAGAGACGGUGGAUCUUUGAGGUUUUUAAAAUCUUCAAAUCGAUCAAAUUCAGAAGUUUUUGUUGAGUUUUUUUUUAAAUCGGGAAUUUAUUCUUUUAUUUUUUAAAUCGACUCAAAGGUACUUUUCUUCGCAUUCAAAUUUUUCAGUGUAGGGACUAAGUAAAUUCAAGAAAAGUAGCUGCGGGAAAAAAAAGACUAGAAAUACGAGAAAAAAAAAAUAUUGAAACAAAACAAAUAUGUGUAACCCUGUGAUGUAUUAGUAUGAUCUCAGUAAACAUAAAAUUAGUGUAUAAUUUUUAUGUGUAAAUUUACGAUUUAAAAGUUAUUGUGGUAACGAGACGGUGUUGCAGAAGUGUAUAUGUGUAGAUUGAAUGGGUGAAAUUAUUUGACAGAUAAAAAUUCAGAGACAAUGAGAGAGAAUUAAAUGAAUUGAAUAAUUUUGCAACGGCCGUGCAGAGAGCAUCCAGUGAAUUAAUGCCUCAACUUUAUCAUACUUCUCUUUUAAGAUGCACAUUGUAAGCAUUUCACGUCUAGAAGUAAUAUAAUUAUAAAGAAAAAUAAUACUAAGAGAGUCUAAAUAAAAUAACUAACACAGAAACAGACACAAUGCUAUUGUUCUUGAUGAAAAAAAAAUUAUUAAAAAACUAUGACGAAUUA